CCGACUCAAAGUGCUCUUCUUAACUCACACAACCAACCUAAACAACAACAAAUACAAACAAAGAGUGAUAUUAUGACUUGCAGCCAAACACUCGCAAACAACAACAAAUACCAGAUCUGCGAGGAGAUCGGCCGUGGCCGUUUCGGCACCGUCACUCGCGUCUACGCUCCGGCCACCGGUGAUUUCUUCGCCUGUAAAACCAUCGACAAGGCCUCUCUCUCCGACGACCUCGACCGUGCCUGCAUCGACAACGAGCCUAAGCUCAUGGCUCUCUUGUCGUACCACCCUAACAUCGUUCAAGUCCACGAUCUCGUCGACACUGACUCGACUCUCUCUAUCUACAUGGAGCUCGUUGAUCCUUCCGUUUCGAUCUACGACCGUCUCGUCUCUUCCGGAACCUUCUCCGAGUCUCAGACGGCUUCCUUCGCCAAACAGAUUCUCCAAGCGCUGUCGCAUUGUCACCGAUACGGCGUCGUUCACAGGGACAUCAAACCGGAGAACAUUUUGGUAGAUCUACGAAACGAUACGGUUAAGAUCUGCGAUUUCGGCUCGGGGAUUUGGCUUGGGGAAGGUGAGACGACGGAAGGAGUCGUCGGAACGCCGUAUUACGUGGCGCCGGAGGUACUGAUGGGGUAUUCGUACGGAGAGAAGGUGGAUCUGUGGAGCGCAGGGGUGGUUCUGUACACGAUGCUCGCCGGAACACCACCGUUUUACGGAGAGACGGCGGAAGAGAUAUUCGAAGCGGUUCUGAGAGGAAACCUGCGUUUUCCGACGAAGGUGUUCAGGGGAGUGUCGUCGAUGGCAAAAGAUUUCUUAAGGAAGAUGAUAUGUAAAGAUGCUUCUAGAAGAUUCUCAGCCGAACAAGCUCUGAGGCACCCAUGGAUUCAAAGGGCAGGAGAAGCAGAGGAGGAGAGAUUCAUCUAAUGAAAGAUUCUCUCUGUGUCUGUGGGGAGAAUCAAAUAAAUAAAGAAGAGUAGCGAAUGGGAGUGAUAGCUUAUCAUCUUUCUUUUAUCUAACAAGUACGAGAAGUGUCUUUGUGUUUCUGUGUGAGUGGUCUUCGGCAUAUGUAAAUUUUGGCUUUUGGGGCCAUUGUAGAUUCCGCCUACCUACCUAAGAAGACUCUGGAAAAAAAC